AUGACCGGACACCUUUUCACGGCCGCCGCCCCGUUGGCGCGCAUCGCUUGCUCAACGUCGACCGCAACCCUCAAGACCCAGAUCACCAGACAACCAACAUGGCAACUCACUGUACGACCGUACCCUUCGCACCUUCGACUCAAACUAGAAGCUAACAACUAUGUCAUUCAGAAACUCGCGCCACCUUGCAGAGGCAGCAUGCGCUUCUUCUCCAGCACACCCGCUCCCUCCUUCACAGUCUCCGCCGCCCAGCAAUCCUCACCCUUCCGCCUCUCAUCCGAUAAACAUGGAUCCUCUCGCGCCUUUGAAGAGGACCGCUAUAGCCAAUACAAGCCUAAGCGGCAGUGGCCUCCAGACAUGUCGAAGCUCUCGCCGAAACACCAGUUCCGGCUGGAGCGGAAGUACCGCCGGCGCGCCGCGCUGAAGUAUGCGCGGCCCAAUUUUAUCAAGGGUGUGCAGCUGGCGCAGUGGGGUAUUAUUGGAUUUGUUGUGAUUUACGCAGUGCUCUUUAUGAAUUGGGAUACCAAAGAUACGCCCUUCGAUGGGAUUCGUGAAAAGGUUUUCUCUAGUAUUCGCGCCGUGUUCUCUGCACCGCCGCCCCCUGGCCCUAAGCCUGCCGAGGAAAGAAACGAAUCAUCGUGA